AUGGAUGUGAUAAAGACUCAACAGAUGUCGGCAAGUAUGAUCGAGAAGGUGGUCGUUCACCCACUCGUCUUGCGUAAUAUCGUCGACAAUCACAACCGUCUCGUUAAGGACUCGGGAAAGCGUGUUGUCGGUGCUCUUCUCGGCAGUAUCUCCCGUGGUAUCGUUGGUGUCACCAACAGCUACGCAGUGCCCUUCAAUGAGGAUGACAAAGACCCAAGUAUCUGGUGUUUUAAUAGCCACCACCUUGAGUACAUGUUGGACAGUUUCAAGGGCCUUAAUGGCAUGGAGAAUGUGGUCGGUUGGUACAGCACAUGCCCUUACCUCAGAGACAAUGAUUUGGCUGUUCACUCUUCGGUCUUUAAGGGCUGCAGCUAUGUUCUCAGUCCAAUUGUGUUGGUCACUAUUGACGUCCGGUCUCUAGAACUUGGAAUUCCCGCAACCGCAAAAGCUUACUAUACAGUGGAUUCUUCUCUCGGAAGCGGCAAAGAAGCCUUCCUCCAUGUGUCUACAGAAAUUGCUCCUCCUGAAGUUGGCGGGAGGCUCCUGGUGACGGAGAUGACUCCUGGUGGGGAUAAUGAUGCGGUUGAGAGUAUCGAAGCUCUCUACCGUUUUGUCCAAAAAAAGGUUAGGAUUAGUGUUUCAGGAUAUGACACUUCUCUUAAUGUUCUUGACCUGCUUGGCUCUUUGGAGAAGCACUUUGAGUCUUGUGGUUCCGUGGAGAACAUUGACGUGCCGAUACACCCGGUCACCCAUGCCAUUACCGACAGAUGUUCUACUGUGUGUCUCCUCGGAGAAGGUGCAGCAGAGAAGGCAUUGGCACUCAACGGUAGUGAUGCGGGUGGAUGGAUAGUUUCGGUUGCGCUUUUACCACCUGAAUGUAAAGAGAUGGCUGCUGGGAUGAGUGCUCGUGAAUUUGCACUUAGUAUAGUCGAGCUCGGUAACAAAAUUUUGGGCUUAACUAAAUAA